AUGGUUAACAUGGUGAAGAACCCGUCGACAACUCCCUCAAGUCCCGUUGGUUUACAAAUCGCUGAAGCUUUUGGUGUAGAGAACGUUUAUCUCUUGAGACAUGUUACUGAUGGAGAGUUUACCAAGAAGUGUGAGGAGAUGCUCACCGAUAAGAAAGCGACUUUUGGUGAUAUAUUGGGUUGGUGUGGUUAUAUGGGGGGUAUUAGAAAUACCCGGUCCCAAAUGGUUAACAUGAUUGUCCAAGCAUUUGGUGUUGCUGUAGCGACUUUUACGACAUAUUAA